AUGCUUGACUCUAUGUUCUUUAGACUUCUACCUGCCCUUGCGCUCUUAGGCGGUCGGGCUUCUUCCGCACCCGUGGAUGGUUACAAUUGGCCACCCUCAAUAGCAGGAGAAGCUCAUGGACCGUCGUGGCCUCAGUUUGCCAAUGCCACCCUACGUUGGUCUACGUAUGCGGCCCCAACCUUCAACGAAGUGUUCAUUCCCCAAACAGAAGAGGAUCUGUCUACAGCACUUCGCUACCUGUCGAGUUCAAACAAGACCUGGUUGGCCCAGUCAGGCGGUCAUGGGUACUCUGCAACGCUGCAAACAAUCCAGAAUGCUGUUCUCAUCAACAUGGAAAGCUUUGACUACGUAAAAGUAAACCCGAACAUGACUGUUACCGUGGGCACUGGUGUCAAAUUCGAUGAGUUGAUCAGCGUGGUUGGAAAUGCGGGUAGAGAGCUAACUGUUGGGUUUUGCCCUGGAGUGGGCGCGAUGGGAGCUACACUCGGUGGUGGGCUCGGCCGACUGGAAGGUCUCCAUGGCCUAACAAGUGACGCCCUGCUUAGUGUGCGAAUGGCGCUGUGGAACGGUACAAUUAUCGAAGCCUCUGAAACGGUCAACCCAGACCUAUUGUGGGGUCUUCGCGGUGCUGGUCAGAACUUCGGUAUCGUCAUCGAGGCGCUAUUCCAGACGUACCCGGCAACGAAUGGAGGCUUGCAGUACAGCUCGGACUUGAUCUUCAGUGCUGACAAGCUGGAAGCCGUCAUGAACGUGACAAAUAGCUUGUUGACACCUCAACUGGACCCCGCUUUGGCUAUCGCCACAUCCAUCUCUCCCGACCCAACGACCUUUAAGCCGGCGAUAACGGUGAACAUUGUAUACCCUGGACCACUAGAAAAAGGGCAGGCGUUCAGGAAGCUGUAUUCCGCCAUCAGCUCUAACUAUACUGAACAAAUGGUUCCUUGGACAAACCUAACCUCCGUCGCACUUCCCGCUGUAGAGGCCGGAACACUCAUUAAAGGUAACCCGCACGAUCAGUACAGCGUCUUAACCAAGAAUCUACCAGUAGCGAACUUGCGCGAAGCCGUCGAUGCGCUCGGUACCUUAGCACAGCAGUACCCAGGAGCAAACGAAAGUACCAUUUUCAUUGAAACUUUCGGCCAGAAGGCUCUAUCAGAUCUUCCAGCAAACUAUUCCGCCUUCCCUCACAGGGAUACAUUCCGUAACGCGAUAGUCUUCUCGGUGACAUAUUCUGACGCAGCCGUGGCUAGUGCAGCUAACUCCUGGGCGAUGAGCAUGCGUGAUAAGUUUGCGCAGUCCGAAGUUUCCGGAUACGACAAGUUGCAGAUCUAUCAGAAUUAUGCGCAUGGUGAUGAGCCCCUCUCGGCUCUGUAUGGUUACGAGGAGUGGCGUCAUGAGCGUCUAACUGCGUUGAAGAACAGUUAUGAUCCUCAUGGAUUCUUUAACGGGUUCCACGCAGUGCCAAACAAGCUUUCAGAUUGGUCUUGA